GUUCCUUCUCGACUCGAGACUGUAUAUUUUUGAGCUGCUUUCCAAAUACAAUAUCUGGGUGUUCCAGCAUGAGUUACAAGAAGGGUGAGACCCGCCAGGAGAGCGACACCCUGGGACCCAUGGAGGUGCCCAUGGAUCGCUACUACGGCGCGCAGACGAUGCGGUGCGUCCUCAAUUUCCGCAUCGGUGGCGAGGAGGAACGAAUGCCGCGCCAGAUAAUCCAGGGGAUGGGCAUCCUGAAGAAGGCGGCUGCCGAGACCAACCAGGAAUUCGGAUUGGACCCCAAGCUGAGCACGGCGAUCUCGAAUGCGGCGGACGACGUGAUCUCCGGGAGGCUCUACGACGAGGGCCACUUCCCGCUGCCCAUUUGGCAAACGGGAUCGGGCACCCAGAGCAACAUGAACACCAACGAGGUAAUCGGCAACCGGGCCAUCGAGCUGCUGGGCGGACAUGUCGGCUCCAAGGACCCAGUGCAUCCCAACGACCAUGUGAACAAGUCGCAGAGCUCCAACGACACCUUUCCCUCGGCCAUUCACAUUGCGGUGGCCACCGCCUUGACCAAGGAACUCCGUCCGGCGGUCACGGCUCUGCGGGAUUCCCUACACGCCAAGUCCAUUGAGUGGAAGGAUGUGAUCAAGAUCGGACGCACCCACACCCAGGAUGCGGUGCCGUUGACUUUGGGCCAGGAGUUCAGCGGCUAUGCCCAUCAGCUGUGCAACGGUCUGCAGAGGAUCGAGGCUGUCCUGCCGCGGGUCUAUCAACUGGCUCUGGGUGGCACCGCCGUGGGAACGGGUCUGAAUACCCGGCGGGGAUUCGCCGAGAAGUGCGUCAAGCGGAUUGCCCAGCUCAGCGGACUGCCCUUCGUGGUGGCGCCCAACUUCUUCGAGGCUUUGGCUAGUCGGGAUGCCAUGGUGGAGGUGCAUGGAGCCCUCAACGUACUGGCCGUCAGCCUGAUGAAGAUCACCAAUGAUAUACGAUUUCUGGGGUCCGGACCACGAUGCGGCCUGGGCGAACUGCAGCUGCCGGAGAACGAGCCGGGCAGCUCCAUCAUGCCCGGCAAGGUCAAUCCCACCCAGUGCGAGGCCAUGACCAUGAUCUGCGCCCAGGUGAUGGGCAACCACGUGGCCGUCACCGUCGGCGGAGCCAAUGGACACUUUGAGCUGAACGUGUUCAAGCCUCUCAUCGCAUCCAAUGUACUGCGCUCUAUCAAACUGCUGGCGGAUGGAUGCAUCAGCUUCAACUGCAAUUGCGUCAAGGGCAUUAAGGCCAACAAGGAGAAACUGGCCCAGAUGGUGAACGAGUCUCUAAUGCUGGUUACAGCCCUCAAUCCGCACAUCGGCUAUGAAAAAUCAGCUCUGAUCGCCAAAGCGGCUCACAAGAAUGGAACCACUUUGAAGGAGGAGGCCCUCAAGAGCGGAAUUUUGGAGAAGGACUUCAACGAAUGGGUUCGCCCAGAAAAGAUGCUGGGCCCCUCUUAGGAUCCGCCUCAGAUCCGCCUCAGAUCCCCGUUUUAUUUGUUUCCCAUUACCAUAAAUUUCGUGUUCACUAAAUUUCCAACAUUUCGUGUCACUGCAAUCAGUUAUUUAAUAUGGAUUAAAUAUUUGAUAAUCCAAGUCCGAUGGAAA